GCCAUCUGCAUGAGCUGCCGUUGUCCAGGCAGCCAAUCCCGCCAAGCACGCAUACCCAAGGCAUGCUUCGCUGGAGGCGUCGUACUACCGGUAGUUUCAUCCUCGCUUAAAAUCUAGGCUACGUCCAGAAUUACCGGCGUUCCUGUCUCAGCAUGCUUCUCGAGACGUCGCCGUUUCCUAUGCCGCAAGUAAGGCAUGACUCAAGCCGGUGCGCUAGGCUUUCGCGCCCUCGCGGUCACAGCUGAGCCCCGUACGCGUGAAAGCGGCAACUAGGGUCGUCAUCUGGGCGGUCCACCUCGACCCAAGGGUGUUCAGCUCGUCGACCCUACAAUACGAGCUCGUGUCUCAAGCGUAUUGUGCGCACCCUGUUGUGGCGUACAACGCGUUUUGCCGCCGUUUGAUCUCGAUUAAUCCGGCCAAUAUUGCAAAGGUGCGGAUCCUGCGGUACGUGCAACUUCUGUCAACGUGUCGCGAUGUCCAAGAUCCGCCCCCAGCCCUCAGGUGCGGACUUCACUUUACGGCACGCCUGACACUCAAACGCGCUCGCUCCCGUGUGACGACUGCCGCCUCGAUCCGUAAGGAGUAGUGUUGAACGCCGAGAUGCGCGCACUCCGCGACACGGCAUCCCUCCGCCCGCCAUCACAGCCGGCACGGCUCAUCUUGGGCGGGUAACAUACCGCUUGACGCUGGGCGCGGACAAUAAGGUCAAAAUUGGGUCGCGAUCAAUCCGCCCAAGGGAUACACUCGGAUACACAACCAGUGAUUCCGAUUUUUUGUCAGAUACGCGUCCGCAGCGCCCGGUCACUUCUUUACCCAACUCCUCGGACACUCUUUUGACGACAUCCUAACCGAUGGAGAUCUCUUCAACCCAUCCAGAUUGGCUCGCACGAUCAGGUCGCACAGGCCUCCUACCUUCACAUGCCUCACGGCCGACAUACGUGUGUGACUACUCGCGCUCCGCGUUUAUCUCGAGUCGGGCGUGUGGCUUCGAUGCAUAAAAGCCGCGUUGCGAACACCUUCCAUUUUGCGACCGUUUUGACCUCUUCUCCCUUCUGUUCCAUUACUUUUGGGUUCGUCCUCUUCGCCAUGAGCAUCGUCUCCACCGCGCCGCUCCACUUCCGUGCGGUUAACCUCGAUGCGAACUUGACAUUUGUACUCAUUGUAGCCGCCACCCUGUACAUUGUCCUUCCUUUCUUCUUCCGCAAAAACAUCGUCGACAAGAACGGAAACUCGAUCCCCCCUGGCCCUCUCCUUCGACUCCCCUCCCUCCCGGACUAUCCUGAGCGUACCCUGCAUGCAUGGGCCCAGAAGUUCGGCUCACUCUACUCCUUCUUCAUCGGCAAUCAGCUCUACAUCGUCAUCUCCGAUGCCAAUGUUGCUCGCGAGCUCCUCGUCAACAACGGCGCUAUCUUCUCGAGUCGCAAGCAAUACUUCAUCAAGAACCAGACCAUCUUGAGGGGUCGUGCUAUCUCUGCUUCUCCCUAUGGCGAGACUUGGCGUCAGCACCGGAAGGUUGCGGCUCAGCUCUUGACGCCUAAGGCGAUUCAGGGCUACAACGAUGUCCUCGAUUAUGAGGCUCGCAUUAUGAUUAGGUCUAUGUAUAAGGAAUCUAUGCAAGGUGCCCUCCCAAUUAACCCCGCUCAUUACACCGGUCGUUACACACUCAACAACAUGCUUACCUUGGCCUUUGCCACCCGUACGGAUUCCAGUUCGGAUCCGCUUAUCCAACGCAUCUUGGCCAUGGCGCUGGAAUUUAAUGAUUUGACAGGGCCAUUUGCGAACCUCGUUGACUUCAUCGAACCGCUGCAGUGGCUGCCGAACAGGACCCACGCACGCGCCGAGAAGCUGCACAGCGAAUUCAUUGAGGUGUAUGGCGCGAUGAUCAUGGCCGUCAAGGCGCGCAUGGACGCGGGCGAGGACGUCCCGCACUGCCUCGCCAAGGUCUUGAUUGAGGGCCAGCAGCAGGAGAAGCUGGACUGGGAAGACAUGUGCAUGCUCUCUGCUGCGUUUGCCAUCGGCGGCGUCCAUUCGACUUCCGGCAUUAUCCAGUGGUUCCUCGCCCUCAUUGGCAAGCACCCGGAUAUCCAGGCACGUGCCCACCACGAGCUGGACGCUGUCGUGGGCAGGGAUCGCUGGCCCGUGGCCGAGGAUGAGAAGGACCUGCCCUUUAUUCGUGCGAUCAUCAAGGAGGUUCUGCGCGUCCACGCGCCGUUCUGGAACGCAACGCCGCACAGCUCAACAGAAGACUUCGUAUACAAUGGAAUGUACAUUCCCAAGGGCUCUGCGUUGAUCUUGAACUGCUUCACGCUCCAUCACAACGAAGCCCGGUACUCUGAUCCUCAUGCCUUCAACCCUGAUCGUUAUCUUGGAGAUGAGAUGAGCUGUGCAGAGUCGGCACACCAGUCCAAUGCCAUGGAGCGCGAUCACUGGUCGUUUGGUGCCGGCCGUCGGAUUUGCCCAGGCAUCAAUGUCGCCGAGCGCAUUCUCUUCCUCGCCAUUUCCCGACUGCUCUGGGCAUUUACCAUCCACGAAGUCCCGACCGAGCCGAUCUCGCUAGAGGAAUACGAGGGUACUUCUGGUCGCACCCCUAUGCCCUACAGGGUACACAUGCUCCCACGUCACGAGCGUGUGCACACCGCGUUGGAGGCUGAGCAAGAGAUCGCGAACUGUGAACUCUGAUCGUCGCGCACGGCUCGCCGGACGGUUUAAACACUAUUCGUUCCCUAUGACCCACUUUUCCCUCACCUCCACGCUCAUACGUUAUCUGUAUCAUUGAUGCACUUUAGCUGACAGUCCCUUCGCCCUGUAGCCUAUAUUUCGCCUCACCACACAACCCUCUCUAGAACUAUUAUCGUACUCCACCAGGCUGUGUCCUGUGGCUGGGUAGUUGCCAUUUCGUUCUGGACUGCCCGUUCUAUUGUAUCCUCCUGACCUACUCUCCCCUCAAAAUCCUCACAGGUGCCGCCUCGAUGUCCGGCACGGUCUUGCUUCUUGUCUUCGUUUACACAUCACACACUACCCAUUAAGUCCUCGUAUGCCAGUAGUAUAAAUCAUAUGGUAGCAUCAGAUUUCAACUGGAGAUGACCGGUUGAGUAGUCUUACAAUAAGAUCGUUUCACC